AUGGAUUUUGGCUAUUUAAUGAUUAAAAGCAAACCAAAAAAUGGAUUAAAGAAUUCUUAAAAAUUAGAAAAGAAAUAAGAAAUUAUUUUUGCAAGGUCAGCUUUAGAAAAAAUCAAAUAAAACUACUGA